AUAUCGAGCUUAAGUUCAUCAAGAGGACAGAGACUUGACUCCAGUGUGACCAGAACGGUGUUCCUCGUCUGCCUGGACGUCCAUGUACCUGUAUCUCCUGGGGCUGGUGGUUUUCUACUACCUGUACCGCUGGUUUAGGGAACUGCCCCGUGUCCCCGACAUCGGCAGCAAGUAUGUGUACAUCACGGGCUGCGACACCGGCUUCGGCAACCUCCUAGCCCGCCAUUUGGACAAGAUAGGGUUCAGGGUGAUCGCCUCGUGUUUCAGCGAGAAGGGGGAAGAGGAUCUGAGGAAGUCCUGCUCCAACAACCUGAUCACAACACACCUAGAUGUGCGGUCCAAGGACAGCGUUGCCAAAGUUGCAGCGACGAUCAAGGAGAAAGUGGGGGAGCGCGGCUUGUGGGCUGUGGUGAACAACGCAGGCGUGUCCAUCCCCUCGGGCCCGUGCGAUUGGCUGACCAUCGACGACUACAAGUCCAUGCUGGACGUCAACCUUCUCGGAGUGAUCGCGGUGACGCUGAGCGUCCUGCCGCUAAUUAAGAAGGCCAGGGGAAGGGUGGUGAAUGUAGCCAGCGUGUUCGGGAGGAUCAGUGUUACAGGGGGCCCGUACACUGUCUCCAAGUACGGCGUGGAGGCCUUCAAUGACAGCCUCAGGUUGAAUAUGGCGCCGUUCGGUGUCAAAGUCCUGUGCAUCGAGCCGGGCUUCUUCAAAACAAACGUGACCGACGCCACUAUCCUGACCCACAACGUGAAUACGCUGUGGGACAGACUGCCCCAGGACAUGAGGGAUGACUACGGAACUGAAUUUCUACAAAAGUCAUUAGUCACAAUAAUAGACAAAGUUGCCAAGAUCAGUGACGGGGAUCUGAUGAAGGUGGUCAACUGUAUGGAGCACGCCGUAUCCGCCGCCCGGCCCCGCACCCGCUACUCCCCAGGCUGGGACGCCAAGAUGUUCUGGCUGCCGCUGUCGUACAUGCCGACCUGCGUGUCCGAUUACAUCGUGACCAGAGAAGCCAUUCCUAUUGCCAAGCCGCUGCAAUGAGUUGUGCACAUUUUAUGCAAUACAACUUUACCAAUGUAAUACUGAUGUCUUUGUCAUUCCUGAUCUAAGCCUUAUUCCUAUGUGUGUUUGUACACUGACAUGAACAAUGCAAGUACUUUGUCUA